AUGUCUGGACACCCCUCCGUCGCAGGGUCUGACACGGAGUCAACAAGAGCAGGACUGGACUCGAGCACCGCCGCUGUUCACAACGAUGACAUGCUCCCGCCACCAUAUCCCAGUGACCCCUUUGGCCUGGAUGUUGACUUGCCCGAUCUUAGCAGCCCUGACGCUGUCCCUACUUACACUCCAAUUGACACUACUUCACUCCUUGCUCGCCUCAACCGGAAUCCCGAGCUCAAGUCUAAGCUUGGUCUGCCGCUGAACAGCUACCCGCGGCCUCCAUGGAAUUUGGACGAUGACGGCCCUCACACCCUUGACAGGAGUCUCAGCGAGGAGGAAAAACGCAAGGUCUAUACCAUACAGUGCGAAAUCAUUGCCUCCUUAUUCGAAAACAUCGCCAAGAAAAGUGUUGACGGAGUAAGGCUCAUGAUCACGGAGGGGCUGGUCUCACCGGAUGUGCAGAACGCAGAGCAGGGCAGGACACCGCUCAUCGCUGCCGUCGAGACGGGCAGCACAGAGAUGGUGCAGAUGCUGCUCGACCAGGGUGCACAGGUGAACGCAUUCGGCUGCGUGGACAGGCAGCAAAAGACAGGCAGACCGGUGAUGAGGACGGCGUUGAUGGUUGCCGCGGCGCGGGGGAGCCUGACGCUGGUCAAGCUGCUUAUGGACAAGUACAAGGCAGACGACAGCAUCAUAGCCCCAGACGGACAGCUGGCGCUGCGGCUGGCGGCAGAGGGCAAGCACCGAGACGUGGUUAAGUUUCUGCCAACACGACGCGGCGGCGAGUGGCUGCGAUGGAAGUCGCACCACGAGGUGGCACUGCGCCGGAUCAAGCGAGCAGCGGACAGGCUGGUUCGCGUGGUAAUGUUCUUUGUCUACGAAGUGCCUGUGUUCUUUCUGUGGGAGCUGCCCAAGGCCUGCCUGCUCAGGCCAUUCGCGCGGAUGGGCCACAAGUUGUGGACCAGGCGCCGCGACGUGGUCCGCUGGUGCAAACUGCAGGUCGUUCUCUUCCCACAGAGGGUUGCGCGUGCCGGGAAGGCCAUCUGGCGCGCUGCCAGAAAGGCGCCGGGUGCGGUGUGGCGCGUGGUGAAAGAGUUGCCAGGUGUGGUCAAGAGUCUUGUUAAGUGGCUGUGGCGCUUUGUGUGCCGUAUCCCUCGGAUCAUGAAGAUGGCGGCUCUCUGGAUCUGGAUGAUCCUUGCCAGCAUCGGCCAUGCCGUCGCCCACAUCUUCCAGCACAUCAUCGCCGCCCUCCACACCAUAGUUGCUGCCGUGCUCGACUUCUUCCGGAAUAUCACGCUCAGGAACGUGUGGGCGGGCGUCUGUGACGUCUUCGACGCCAUCUUCCGCCGCCUGCCCCGUGCCGUGUGGUACGGCAUCAAGUCGGCCGGCGAAUGCGCCAGUUGGGUCAUCGUCUCGCUAUUCGGAUGCUUCGGCAAGGCCAUCCUCCUCAUCAUCGGUGCUCUGUGGUACUGCGCCAAGUAUGUGCCUCACCAGCUGUGGGAGAUCAUCCAAGGCUUCUGGUCGUCGCUAGCCAAAGGCUACCACGAGCUCAUGACCUGGUUCAAUCCCAAGUAUAGUCCCUAA